AUGUCCGCCAACGACGCCAUCCAAGAUGAGGUCACCUCGCUCAACGCCAUCUUUGACGAAGGCACCCUGUCAGCCUUAGAUGAAGACCAACGACUAUACAGUCUACGUCUGCCGUCGCUGCCAUCCAUAACUCUACGUAUAGAAUUUCCGGCAGACUAUCCGGAUGCGCCGCCAUCCGUGCUGGGCACUCAGAGUGUGGGACAAGAUGUCCCCAAGGGUAUGGGCAGCCAGGCUGUCGAUGUAGUAAGAGAAGUGCUAGCAAGGAUUUACCAGCCCGGCGAGGCAUGUAUCUACGAUCUGCUAGAAGAGGCAAGAGAGGCUUUGGAGCAAGCGGAAGAGCAAGGAGACAUCCAACUACACGAUCAACAGGACGCGCACUUAGAAGAAGACAAAACUUCACUUAUACAGUCCGACCCAGCCAUCGACCUUGGACCGGAGCCACCUUGGAUCGUAGCACCCGCCCUUACCGAGAAGAAGUCAGUUUUCUUAGCUCGCGCAGCACCUGUAUCAUCACCAGCACAGGCUAGACAGUACGUCGCGCAUCUCCUGGCGACAGACAAGAAGGCUGCUCGCGCAACUCACAACAUGACUGCCUGGCGGAUCAAAGGCUUCAAUGAAACGAGCUACCAAGACUGCGACGAUGAUGGUGAGACCGCUGCUGGCUCGCGGAUGCUGCACUUGAUGCAGUUAAUGGAUGUUUGGAACGUCAUGGUGAUUGUCACAAGAUGGUAUGGUGGUAUACACUUAGGUCCUGAUCGCUUUCGCAUCAUCAACACUACGGCUAGAGAGGCAUUGGUCUUGGGUGGCUUUGCAAAAGAAGGCAAAGAGAGCGAUACGAAGAAGAAGGGGAAGAAGUAG